AUGAAUUUAUCAAGGAAAUUGCUAUCUCAGCCAGAAUGGAGGUAUGGUUGUCGAUUAUUUUUGGGUGCGGUGCGAGGUAACUCAACAGCUACUAGGACAACAACAACAACAACAACAACGACCACUGGACUUGAUAUGGUUACUUGGUUGAAAACCUUAUCCAGGGAGUCCCUAUUUCAACAAGGCUCUCCAGAUUUGGUUAAAUUGGGAAAAUGGUUUGUGAAUGUCCAGGAUGUGAAAGGAAUGAAAAUGGUAAAAGAUCUGUUAAUUACCCAGUUCCCAGAAGAAUAUAAUAAGAUUGAGAACAAUUUGAUCAAUAUCUCAGAUAAUCCGUUCUAUCUGAAUAUGGUACUGCAGUCUCGAGGGUCACGCUAUCAGUAUAAGUUAUUUGCAGAAUAUUUGCAGCUACUGGUAGACAGAUCAAAUCAAUCUAAUAUAGAGAAAACAUCAAGGUUAUUAUAUGAAGCCAUAUAUAUUCAGAAUAUGUUAUUUCCAUCUAAGAAUCUAGGUAGUGCAUUGACAAUUCCAGAUUCAAUUCAUAAAUGGUUUUACGAUAACCUUUCAAAAUCAAGUGGUUUUCAACAUUAUAUGUUUUUGAUACAGAACGAUGUCAAUUUAUCAACUGGGGUUUAUUCAAGGUUAUUCACUACUAGGCUAAUUCAAGGAUCAGAAUUAGAGUAUCAACUGGCGACUUUCGAUUAUUUUCUCUUGCGACCUGAUGAAUAUCCUUUGCCAGAGGUUACAAUGGAGAAAUUUGUUAAAUUGCAUAAUUUCUAUGAUAUAUAUAAUAUUAUUAACUUGACGAUUAAUAAAAAUAAGAAGGACACUCUUUCACAGUCUAAUUUAUCUUUCUAUCUACAAGCAUUGGUGAAGAAACUUUCAUAUUACAAGGAUGUCACAAGUAAAGGAGGUAAAGAUAAUGGAAAACAAUUAGCAAUACAGUUUGUAAAGUUUGUUAUACAGACACUUGCAAUAACUACAAAAUUAGAGGAUAUAAAAUUGUUUACAUCUCUCUUAAAAUCACUGAUAAUAUUCAUGAAAGACAGUCCCCAUAUCGAUGAGGAUAGCUUUGGUAAACUGAUGCAUCGUCCAAUUGUUCAGAUGUUCCGUUUACUACGGGCUAAAAGAGAUCAAGACGCUAUUUUCCAAUUGGCAUCAACAGUUGGUAGAAUGUCAACGAUACCGAAAACGUAUAUGUUUAAAAAUAUGAUCCUCAAUGAAUUAGUAUUGUCACUAAGAUAUUUCAAUGACCCAAAAUUGAUGUGUCAAUUUCUAAUAUCAGUCAUUAAGAAACCAAAUCCAGGUGAACUUCUUAAUAACUUGGGACUAUGGGGAACCAUAUUCCAUUCAACAUGUGGGCGUAAAGUAUCAGCCGAGGUUCUUAUACAGGAUAUUCAUGGGAUGUCAAAUCUAAUACCAAGGUCACUACAUGGAGAACUCGAGGAAAUAUCCCUGCCUCUUUCAGAACUCUAUAGCUCUCUUUUUUCGACUAGCUCUCUUACAAUGGGUAUGCAGUUAUAUCGGGAAUUCUUAAUCCAAUUAUAUAUGAACUACAUUACUUUCAUGGAAGAAAAUUUUAAAAAACAGUGUUUAUGGAAAAAUGAUUCUCGAAUAAUCAAAUGUUUCAUUUCAAGUGUUUUAUCUCACUUAGAGGAUAAGCAGCUAGCAUAUGAACUCCUUUUGGAUUUUUAUUCAAAACCUUUUGCGAAAAAAGUUAGAAAUAAAGGUAAAGACUGUCCCUUUUCAAUUAUUCUGUAUGAUAACUUAGGUUUAACCCCGAUUCAAGUGGAAAAGGUACUAGCUUGCAUGAAACAAAACAAUAUUCCGCUUACCUUUAAGAUUUGUACUUCUAUGGUAUUGAGAUAUGUGAAAUGGGAUGAUAUAGAUACAGCACACUCCUGGUAUAAUAAGAUUGUGUAUUGUAAAUUCCCAAUCAUGCAUCGUACUAUUGUUAAUAUUGCCCAACAAUAUAAAUGGGCUUUACCAGAAGACUUAUCUACCGAAAUUUUGAACAAUAAUGAUAUAAAUGUUGAUAUCAGCAAUCCUAGUGAUGAACUAGACUCACUUAUUUUUGAGGAUACCCAUAUUUCUAGUAAUGAUAUAUCAGAUUUGCUCUCCGUUGUUAAACAUAUAUAA